UGUUCUUGUGAUUGUGAAUGGCCUUUUAAAAGUUUAGCCUGUACUCAUCCCGGAGCCAGCUAGCAGUCCUCGUCUGCUGACAUCUUUGCCGGAGCCACCAGGCCUCUAGCCUUUUACUCAAGAUGAAUGAUAAACCAGACAUGUCUGAAGUGGAGAAAUUUGACCGAUCAAAGUUGAAGAAAACUAAUGCUGAGGAAAAAAACACUCUUCCCUUAAAGGAAACUAUUCAGCAGGAGAAGGAGUGUAUCCAAACAUCUUAAAAUGGAGAAGUCCUCUCAAGAGCAAGC